UCGAUGGCCGGCAAUGUGCACUGCGUCAUCGUUCUAAGUGUCUCGCUGCUGCUUUUCGAAGUGUUAGCACGAUCUCUUUUAUUUUAUUUGUUUCUCUCGGUUAACAAUAAUACUAAUUUAAGAACACAUACACACACGUAUUCGAUAAGUUUACACAAUUGCAUUAAAGAAAGACUAUCGGUGCUUCUGAAGGAGAUGAAUAUCUAACAAAUAACUGUUCCAUAGAAAGUUACUGUAUUAGACUGAUUUGCACGAUUACACUAACACGCGUUCCAAGUGCCACCAAUUCCAUCGAUGCUUAUAAGAGUACAACAUAUAUUCUUCUUUUUCUUUCUUUUUACUUUUUAGAUAUUAAAAAUGUUCUUCAUAUUUAGUUGUUAAUCUUUCUUUGCACUUUUACUGGUAUCUUCGUUAUCUUAAUCAUUCGGUGUACUCGCUAUUUUAUUUAAUCGUUCUAUUACACUUUCACCGACUUAUCAGUCGAUAAUGUUAAAAUAUAAUCAUUCAACUUGUUCGAGCAAUUCUCACUAACAUUGUCUUAUGACGUGUUCCUCGUGCUGGAGAUGUAAUGAUAACAUAAAUGUAUACAUCUUUUGAUACUUUCGAAUGCGUUAAACAUUGUUGCUCGAGUGCAGUGAGUGAGUAUCGUGGGAGGUAACGCCUCGGUGCGAUCCUCUUGGGGAGGAAAGAACGGAAAGUGGAGUUAACAAUUGAAAAUGGAGAAUCGUGUGCUUGGACCUACGCCGGAGGAGACGACAGCGGCGGUAACAACAAGCUGCGGUAUUGGUACAUCUUCUCCAGUGGCAUCGGCGCCGACCAACACGGUUCCUGGUGUCGGUGGUUCUGGUGCUCUGACUUCAGCCACUUGCACCAUACAGAAUCCCGUGGUUGUGGUGGCGAGCCCGCCAACUAAGCAUCAGCAGCCUUCUGCCGUGCUGUCCACUAUCCCUACUGUCCCUACUGUUCCAUCCGUUUCCGGUGUCACCGCUGCUGUGCCCAAGAUACUCAGCAGAAACAUCAACGGCACGCUGGUGCAGACGUCCGUACCUCAGAAUGAAGCGGAACUACAGCUGUACAGGGUGAUGCAACGUGCGUCUCUGUUGAGCUACUACGACACGCUUUUAGAAAUGGGUGGUGACGACGUACAACAAUUAUGCGAUGCUGGAGAAGAAGAAUUUCUGGAAAUUAUGGCGCUCGUUGGUAUGGCAAGCAAACCUCUCCAUGUCAGAAGACUCCAAAAAGCUCUUCAGGAAUGGCUCACAAAUCCUUCACUUUUCCAAACACCAGUUGUACCGACAACGGCUACGUGUAAAGCUCCUGCUGGCAUAGGAUUUCCCUGCGUGAGUCCUAGGCCGCAAGUGCAAAAUCUUCAAGGUUUCACAACGACUUCGCAAACAGUAACUCCUACUCCAUAUGUUUCGUCGCACGUAUCUCUAACACCAUUACCAUGUAGAAGUACUAGCCCUAUUGUAUCCGUUACAAGUGUAACAGCGCCAGUGGCCUCAACGACAUUUCGACAAAGUCCAAGUCCCAAUACACCUCUGCCUUAUACUACUUCUCACAGUCCUGGUAUAUUACAGGUAGGAACAUGUGAGUCAUCCUGUGGUAGUGGUACAACACCAAGUCCUAGUGGCGGUGGUGGUGCACCUGCGAGUCCAACGCAACCUACUCCAACCCUUUUGCAAUCUCAAAUACAAAGACUUGCAGAGGCAGCUGAAAGACUUGCCGCUACUAUUCGACCCGUUGAUCCAAAACCUCAUAAUGUUAAGAAAAAAAUUUGCAAAAAUUUAGAAAUGGUAAUGGCUAUGCCUGAUAGUGAUCCACGUAGAAUGGAAGAAAUUCGGAAAUAUGCAGCAAUUUAUGGAAGGUUUGACUGUAAGAGGAAACCGGAGAAACCAUUGACAUUGCACGAAGUGUCAGUAAAUGAGGCUGCUGCACAAAUUUGCAGGUUCGUACCUGCCCUUCUUACUAGAAGAGAUGAACUUUUUCCUUUGGCCCGACGCGUUGUGAGAGAUUCUGGGUAUCAUUAUUCAAAAAAUCAUUACUUAUCCGUGUCAAGGCCACGUGAAAAUGGCGAAGAAAACGAACUUGACCGUACAAAACGACAAAAGCUCGAGCUUGAGGGUGAGAAUGAAGAUGCGACGCAGCACGUAAACAAUUGCAACACGUAAACUACCACUACGUUGAUAUACGCGCGAAGCACAAGCAGAAAAGGUCAAGUAUAGCUUUUGCAUAACAUGCAUGGCUUUUGUACUAAAUGUUUGUAUACUUAUUAUUUGUUAAGUAACAAGUAUUUAAAAAACGUUAAAUAUUUUAUAAAUGUACAUACAUAUAAAAAAAUUCUUCUCAGAAACUGUUUUUCCUUAAGUAGAAGGUGCUUUUUUUUAAUAAGAACUUUUUUAAUUUAUGGCUUAACAUAUUAAAAAUUAAAUUACUAUCUAAAUCACAAUUAAUUCAUACAAUGUUUUCUUCCACACUUGUUAGGACUCUAUGCUUUGCUCCUGGUGUCCUUACGAGUUGUGUAUGCCUGUUAUAUAUAUAUAUAAUAUUAGUUACAGUAGCGGACAAAAGUUUAAGACGAUGAUUUGUAAACCGGAUUACAAACAUCUUAUACGCAUAUUGUUCUUCUAUUCGGUUUGUCUCUUUGGAAUAACGUAGCUGUAUGUUUGACCUUCGUAACCUCAGACAGUCAGUUGUUAAAUACAAACAAUGUAGGAGUUACAACAGUUAGUUACCGCCUAGCACUUGGAAACAGUGGACAUUAGUUUAAGACGAUCUGUGUAAAACGUGAGUACGAGUACAGUUUUUGAACAUUUUGAUUCUGGAAUGUCAAAAUCAUUGUUUAGUGUACCUUUUAUUGCUUAAAAUUCAUUUAGGUAGGAACAGACUAUGGGUAAAUCAAAGAAUUUACUUGAAAACGAAAGGGAACAAAUCGUAAGGCUGCGAAAGCAAAGUAAAACCUUCACCGAAAUAGCAAAUAUAGUGAACAGGUCAGAAACAGCUUGUAAACAAGCUUGGUAUAAAUUUUUAAAGACAGGCAUGUAUUGCGAUCAACCGAAAAACGGAAGACCACGGAAAACAACACCGAAAAUGGAUCGCCGGAUUCAUCGAUUGAGCGAAAAGGAUCGUUUUCGUAGUGCAAAUAAUAUUGCUGCGGAGAUAAACUAUGAAAACGAUACACAAAUUAGUGCUAGAACUGUUAGGAGAAGAUUAGAAGACUUUAACUUAAGAGGACGAAAACCCCAAAAGAAACCACUGCUGAGUUCUAGGAAUCGAAAAAGACGACUUGCAUUUGCUAAAGCUCAUAAGCAUUGGACAAGUGAAGAUUGGCAAAAGGUAUUGUUUUCUGACGAAUCGAAAUUCAAUCGCGUCUGUUCUGACGGGAUACGGUACGUUAGACGUCGAAUUGGCGAAAGUUUGAAAACACAGUGCGUUUUAAAAACUCUUAAACAUGGUGGUGGCAACGUUAUGGUGUGGGCGUGUUUUUCUCGAAGCGGCCCUGGUCCGAUAUGUCGUAUCAAUGGAAUUAUGGACCGUUUUCAAUACAAGGACAUACUCAAGAACACAAUGUUACCUUUUGCACGCAACAAUAUGAGUGAUGAUUUUAUUUUUCAAAAUGAUAAUGAUCCGAAGCACACGGCUCGGGUUGUGAAACAGUUUUUUCAAGAAGAAAAUAUCACCGUGCUGCCGUGGCCGUCGCAAUCACCAGACAUUAACCCAAUCGAGAAUUUGUGAAGCAUCAUAAAAAAGACAGUACAAGGUUAUAAACCGAAAAAUUUAAAUGAACUUUACUCUACGAUUGAAACAGCCUGGAAUAAUAUUACGGUAGAUUAAUAUAAAAAAUUAAUAGAUUCUAUGCCAAGAAGAUGUACCGAAGGGAUAAGAAAUAACGGAUAUUGAACAAAAUAUUGAAUUUAAACAAAAAUUGUGUAUAUUUUUUAACCAAAAAUUAAUAUUUUUUGUAUAGUCUUAAACUUUUGACCGACGAAAUAUUAUACAGAUUUCGUUCCUUUUUUAUAACUUAGCUAUUGAGCAAAAUAUCAAAAUGAAAUUUUUUUUCUAAGUGUACAAACAAAUGUACAAUUAGUUAAUACCAAAAGUAGAACACCGUAUUUAUAUUUUUUAUGGAAAGUAAAUCAAUUAUUUAUUUCUUCCAUUUCGUCUUAAACUUUUGUCCGCUACUGUAUAUCGAGUAAUUGUUAUUAAUUAUAGUAAUAAUAAUAAUUAGCUUUUUUCUGGCUUUCAUUUCCUACGCUAUAUUUGUCACUUCUAUUGUCUGUAGCAGUUCAAUGUUCUAGGAGGAGUUGGAUCUACGUUGCCCUGAAAUGGAUAUAGGUAACUCAACAAU